AUGCAAGAUCAAGAACUUUUAGUAGUGAAAAAUAGUAAUUUUAUUUUAUUAUUUUAAGAGAUUAGCCUACAACAGGCAUAUCAUAAAAAACUACUAAUGAAAAUUUUUUGGGGAUCUUGUAGUGCUUGGAUACAAUGAUUAUUACAAGAAUUUGGACGUUUUGAAAUACAAUUGCCACUGUGGAAGCAUUUUGUUAAUCAGUAACUUAAAUCAAUUAAAGUAAAUGUUCUGGUAAAUAAUAAUGGUUGAGAUGAAAACAUAAUAAUGA